AUGGUGGAGGAAGGGAUAGUGCUUGGGCAUAAGAUAUCUCAUAAAGGAAUAGAGGUGGAUAAGGCCAAAAUUGAGGUUAUUGAGAAGCUUCCACCUCCGGUGAAUGUUAAGGGAGUGAGAUCAUUUUUGGGUCAUGCGGGCUUCUAUAGAAGAUUCAUCAAGGAUUUAUCACUUAUUGCCAAGCCCCUUAAUGAUCUUCUUCAAAAAGAUGUUGAGUUCGUUUUUGAGGAUAAAUGCUUGGAAGCAUUUAAUAGAUUGAAGAAGGCCCUAAUCUCUACCCCCAUUACACUAAAUGGGGCCCAAAAGAAUUACACAACAACGGAAAAAGAAUUCUUGGCCAUUGUUCACUCUUUCGAGAAAUUCUGGUGUUAUUUGUUGGGUUCCAAGACCAUUGUCUUCACGGAUCAUGCGGCUCUCAAGUAUCUCUUUGCCAAGAAAGAGUCCAAGCCAAGGUUGAUUCGUUGGGUGCUUGAAUUACAAACUUUUGACAUAGAGAUUAGGGAUAAGAAGGGUGCGGAAAAUGUUAUGGCGGACCAUCUUUCUCGCCUUGAGGGUGAUCAAAUUCAUGAUGAUGGUCUACCAAUUGAAGAUAGAAUGCUUGAUGAUGUCUUGUAUGCCAUUAAGAUUAAGGAUCUCCCAUGGUAUGCCGACUUGGUGAACUUUCUAGCAUGUGGGGAGUUUCCACCUUCUUUCUCCAAGAACCAAAAGAAGAAGCUCAAGAGGGAGAUAAACUUUGAUUUAGAAAAUGCGGGGAAGAAAAGGUGGUUGGAUCUUCAUGAGCUAGAGGAGCUUAGACUUGAUGCUUAUGACUGUGCUAGCACCUACAAAGCUCGUUCCAAAGAACCUCAUGAUAAGCUUAUUGAGAAAAAGGAGUUUUGUGUGGGUGAUAAAGUCCUCCUCUACCACUCAAGAAUGAAGUUUUUUCCCGGAAAGCUCAUGUCAAAAUGGAGUGGUCCUUUCUUGGUGAAAGAUGUUUUUGCUAAUGGCACCGUGGAGAUUUCUCCUUUGGAUUCCUCAUCUUCUUUCAAGGUUAACGGUCAUCGGCUUAAGAAAUAUUUUGAUGGAGUGGUGCCUUCAUUCAUCAUAUAUGGACUUAAUGUGUUUGAUGAGAGUGAUAAGAGGUACUUUGUAGUUUGUGGUGGUUUUGGGUGGUCUUGUGAACGGAGGUUUGUUCACUUUGGUGGUAGUGUUGAAUUUGGGUGUUUUUUGUGA